CUUAUUCUCUCUCUCUCUCUCAUCCCUCUCCGAUAUGCACUCACUCUCUCUCUCUCUCUCUCUCUCCCGAUCCACCACUCUCUCACCGGAUCCUUCCUACUCUGAUCGAGACACUCUAAAGCGGAAGUACUCGUCCAUGGCAGAAGACGGCGUCGGCGGCGGCGGAUUUUCGGGUUUCGAAGUCGCACAGACGAGUCGAGUUCGGGUUUUGAAGGGUUACAGCGUGUGCUUCCAAGUCGGAGAGGAACGGGAGUAAUGCUGGCGCGACAGCCUGAGUUCGAGUCCGGGUCGGGUCCGAGACCAAGUUCAUAUCGGUCGCCGGCUGGGUCAGCGCCACCGUCUCCUCCCUCGAGCGCUUCUCCUGCAUCAACGUCGCCACCAUGGACGCCGUCGAAAACGAGGCCGCCCGCCGCCCUCUCGCUCUCACCGAUCUCACGCACCCCGAUCAGCAAGAACACCACCACCACGCAAACGACGUCGCUCAGGUCGUUGAAAAAAAAAAAAAAAAGGGAAGGCAGAGAUAGCGGGCCUCUGGGCUGUGGGCUUGGUUUUUGGCUGGAAAUAGAUUUAAAAAUAAGUCCUGCACCACUGUAGCACCCUAUAAAAGUAAGUCCUAUUGUACACUAUUCAGAUAGACUCAAACUACUAUUUCAAUUUAUUUGGACCCAAAUUUGAGUAUAAAAAAUUAGUCUUCACUGCUGAUGCUUUGAGUUAUAGUUAUAGACUUGUAAGGUUACAGCAAGCAUGUCUUGUAAUUAGUGUAUAUGAAGUUUGAAGCAUAAUAAUUUGUAUGUGCCAGUGUGCUGGAGUAGGAUAUGCAGAGAAGAAAUGGGGAAAGUUCUACUUUGAUCAUCGCUCUACUGUACUUCUCAAUUCUAAGAAGCCAAUCGAAAAACAGAUGUGCUUCUUUCUCUGACAAUCUGACAUUGUUGCCACAAGAAAUUAGAGGAGCAACUCAGCUUUGGUUCCAGGUCAUAACCACGCUUGCAGUUAAUUUGUUCGUUGCAUCAACCUUCUCUAGUUUUACUUUGAUUGCUGUUCUUCUCAAGUUAGAAACAAAGCAAAAUCAACUACAUACAGGACGCCAAGUGGGAUAUGUAAUUCACUGCAAAAGCAACCUUCAAAGACUGCAGGCUCAAUUGGAAGAAUUGAACGCCGCCCGGGAGGCUGUAGAGGAUAAAGUUGUGGAAGCUGAAGACAAAGGUGAAGCAGUUCAACCAGAUGUCCAGUUGUGGCUACAGGAAGUGGGCAACAUCAAUGCACAGGCAGAGGAAUUGUUGAAAGAUGAAAACCAAGCCAAGCUGAAAUGUCUCCUUGGGUUUUGUCCUAAUCUGACAAUCCGUCAUCACCUAGGCAGGAAAUCAAAAAUAUUGGUGCACCAUCUUGUUGAACUCUAUGAAAGACGAGAAUUUCCCGUUAUUUCUGUUAUUCGGCCGCAAGAGCUUUGGGUUGAGUCCACCGGAGAGUACCUGGCCUUUCCAUCAAGGACAUCAGUUGUGGCCCAAAUCAUGGAUGAACUUGAGAAUCCUAAUACUCAUAGGAUCGGGGUGUAUGGAAUUGAAGGUGUGGGUAAAACCACACUAGCAAAAGAAGUCUACAGGCAAGCUACAGAAGAUAAAAAUUUAUUUGACAAUGUGGUUAUCCUACUAGAUGUGAAAGAAAAUCCACACUUGGAAGGAAUUCAAAACAAAAUUUUAAAUAAGUUAGAUAUGAAGAUUUUUGAUGAUGAGAAUUUAGAUGGAAGAGCAAGUCGUACUUCUGCCGAUAUACAGGACAAAAACAUCCUUGUAAUUCUGGAUGAUGUUUGGGAACAAAUUGACUUGGAGGCUCUCCAACUUCCAAGUGUGGCUACUUGUAAGAUAUUGCUGACAUGUACAAGUAGAGAAUCGUUAUCUGGUAUGAACACGCAGGUAGAUUUUCAGCUUGACAUCUUGGUGGAAGAAGAGGCUUGGAUUCUAUUUAAGAAGAAGGCAGGCGACGUUGUUAAGAAUUAUGCUAUACGAGAAGUAGCACUCCAAGUAGCCGAAUGUUGUAGUGGCUUGCCUAUUUUAGUUGUCACAGUUGCAAGCGCUUUGAAGAAACAAACUACUUCACCUCCAUGGAAAGAUGCAUUGAGAUGCCUAAAAAGCCAAGAAUUUACAGAGAACCCAUACUUGUGUCUGGAGUGGAGUUACGAUCAGCUGAAGGAUAAGGAACUUGAGCAGUUGUUCUUGCUAUGUGGAUUUGCUAUAUGGGGAAAGGAUAUUUAUUUGCCAGCCUUGCUGAAAUAUAGUAUGGGUUUGGGUCUCUUUAGAAAGGGAUACACAGUGGAGGAAGCACAAAAUACAUUGCUUAAAUGGGUUGGAAAACUAAAAGAUUCUUGUCUACUGACAGAUAGUGAUGAUAGCAGAUAUGUCAAAAUGCAUAACCUUGUGCGUGAUGUUGCUAACCGGAUUGCACUCAGAGAUGAACACAUCUUAUCAUCAGUCGAUGAUAGGGGAAAUUAUGAAUUUAAGGAAUGGCUAGAUAAGGAUUUCUUCAAAAAGUGCACUAUGAAAUCUUUACAAUCUAGUACUGUUCCUGUGCUUUCUGAAGUACCUAGGAUAUACCCCAAAUUAAAGCUGUUCUAUUUACACGGUACAGGUGAUGUGUCAGUGGAAAUCCCAACAAACUUUUUUAGAGAGAUUGAGGAACUAAAAGUGUUGGAUUUAACAAGACUGCAUAUGCUGUCACUACCUUCCUCUCUUCAGUACUUGAAGAAUCUGCAUGCCCUAUUUUUAGAUCAAUGCAUAGUGGGAGACACUGCUUUAGUUGGGGAGCUAAGUAACUUGGAAAUUCUUAGCUUUUUCCAGUCCAAUGUCAAACAAUUACCAAAGGAAAUAGGGAAACUGACCCGUCUUCAGUUGCUGGAAUUAUCUGAUUGCUCUGAACUCGAAGUUAUUUCACCUGGUGUCAUCUCAAGCUUGGAGAGACUACAAGAAUUGAGAAUGAGAAACAGCUUCAACAAGUGGGAGGUUGAAGGUGAAAGAAGUAAUGUGAGCCUUAGUGAGUUGAAGCAUUUGUCUCAGCUAUCUGUAUUAGAGGUACAUAUUCCGAAUACUGACAUCCUUCCAGCAAACUUGUUCUCCCACGAGUUCGAAAGAUUCAAUAUUGUUAUUGGAGAUGCAUGGGUUGACAGAUAUACAUCACGAGAGAAAUUUAUGGCUGAGACGACCCUCAAGACACUAAAACUCAAACUCACUACCAGCAUUAAAGAAUUGGAUGAAGGAUUAAUAUGGCUGCUGGAGAGAUGUGAAGACUUGUCCUUAAGUGAGACACAGAAUGCUAAUAAUAUUGACCAUUAUUUAGAUACUGAAGAUUCUGAGCAUCCGCAACAUCUGCAAGUCAUAAACAUCUAUAAGAUUGGUUUGCCCAACUUAACAAGAUUGGCUGUUCACCAAUGUGAUGGUUUAAGUUUCUUAUUGUCAUCUUCCGUGGCAAAAAGUUUUGUACAACUUAAACAUCUUCGGAUAUCUGAAUGUCAAAUCAUGAAAGAGGUAGUAUUGUCAGAAGGUCACGGUGAAGAAAAGGAUAACUUGUUUCCGAAGUUAGAACAAUUGGAGCUAAAUGAUCUUCCUUGUCUCACUAGAUUCUGUUCAGGAAGUUAUGUUGAGUUUGCAGCUCUGAAGAGGUCGCAAUUGGAGAAGUGUCCUAAAUUGGAGACAUUCAUCUUUAAUCAUUUGAGUAACAGAAUUCAAAUCUACAAAGAAAUUAAAGAAAGGGGCACAAAUGAUGAGAAUGUUGAGACAGUUGCACCAUACUUUCUUUUAGAUGAAAAGGUGAAAACGUUGAGGUUGCAUGGAAUGGAGAUCAAGCUCAUGCAUCUCUCAGAAGAGAGCCCAGUUUUUCCACUGUUGGAAAUUCUAGAGGUGAAGUUUUGUGGAUUGAAUAACCUAAAGUUGUCUGCAAUAUCCUUUCGGAAUCUAACAAUUAUAGAAGUAACUUUUUGCUGGCGAUUGCAAUAUUUGACAAGUUAUUCGGUAGCUCAAAGUUUAGUGGGACUGAAAAAAUUGAAAGUUGAUGAAUGUAAAAAUAUGAAAGAAAUCUUCACAAGUGAAGGAAUUGAAGAAGAUGCAAGUAAUUGUGAGAUUGUUUUCAGCCGGUUGCAACAUUUGGAACUCAGUGAUUUAAUAAGUUUGGAAAGGUUUUGCUCGAGAAAUUGCAUUGUGAAAGUCCCAUCCUUGCAAAGCAGUGCUUUACAGGUAAAUUGGUGCCCAUUCCAGUUGAAGAUUUCCACUGAAAGGGUACUAGAAGAAGUUUCCGAUAUGCAACAGGAUGUACAUAAGUCGCAUACUGGUAAAGAAGAGGUUCUCGACACAACUGAGUCUGCUUGUAGCCUGGAAACAAAUCAGAAACAGCACAUCCCAAACACCUCCAAAGUUUCUAAAGAAAUCGAGUUUAAUGAAGGAGAACUCCAUGAUGACAGACUUGUAAACAACGACGGGCCUCUAUUGCCUGGCAAUAUUGCUGAAAGUAGUGAACAUGGAAUCAAAGCUGUCAUUAAAGAAACUCCUAUCAAUUUCUUGGAGCAUGCUGAGGUUAUGGACCUACAUCGGAAGCAAAUUGUCACCAAUACGCCAAAGAAUCUUCAGGAGGCUGAUUUUGGCAUGGAAGAGAGCCUCAUUGAACCUUUGAAUGCAAAUGAAGGCAGACCACUUCAAUUGAAACAACUUAAUGGGGUGCAAACUGAUUCGUUGCUGCAAAGCAUAUCUGAGCUUGAUGCCGACAUAAAACAUUUGCAGGAAGAAUUAAGGGCCAAAGAAGCAGAGAGGAUAGAUAAACAGCAAAGGCUUGCCGACAGACUUGCGACAGUUGAUCGGUUGUCCGAUUCUUUAUGAAGCCAACUUUCCAGAUAGUAAUGCAGCUCUUGUUGGAAUGCAGACAGACUAUGGUCUGGCGAAUGACAACAAAGUCAAAUUCUGAUAUGAGCUAAUUGUUCGCCGUAAACUUAUACUUUUGCCAAUGAAUUGCUCCAUCAUUCAGUGAAGGAUUGCUCUUUUAUUUGUUGCGAAAUUAAAGUUUGAUCUCUUUUUGGUCAUUUUAUUAUUCAUGUUUCCCUUGAUUUUGUGAAUAAAUCUCCAUUCUCUAGCUGCAGAUGCUUAACUGAAUAAGCUUAAAUAAAACUGGGAUGGGGAAUUACAAUUCGGCUCUGUGGGCAACAACAAAAGCUGAGAUGUCAUCUGUGUCUUUUCCUUAGUUUUGUUUGCAUUGCUCUUUAAUUUCCUUUAUGUAUGCAUUUAACCUGUUUAUGUCGUUACAUGCAUUCUAGUACUGUUUUUACUGCUUUUGUAAUUAAUUAGGUACUGAGCUGGGUGCCAAAUUCCCCCUAGCCAGUUAAUUAUGUGCUGGUUCUGUGUAUUUUUCUUCUCUUUCUUAACAAUGAAGCAUUAUGUUCUUUAGUGAGGGAGUUUUGUGUGUGGGUUUUGAGUUUAUGGGUAAGUGAUGGCACACGAUUUCUUUCCCAGAUUGAUCCUUCUGAAUGAAGUGGCCACAAAUGUGUUUAAACGUAACCUAUUUCCUAACCGCAAACUUAAAAUCUUUGUAAUUUAACUUUGAUAACUGAAAUCAAGUCUUCUUAAUUGUAGGUUCUCAGACUUGUAGGUUCUCGACACAACAGUCUGCUUGUAAUCUGGAAACAAAUCAGAAACACCGUGUCCCCAACACCUUUGAAGUAGCUCAAAAAAUCGAGUUCAAUGCAGGAGAACUCCAUGAUGAGAGACUUGUAAACAACGACCUGCCUCUCUAUUGCCUGGCAAUAUUGCUGAAAGUGACCAUGGAGUCGAAGCUGUCAUUCAAGAAACUGCUAUCAAUUUGCUAAACUUAGAGCAUGUUGAGGUUAUCAACCUAAAUCAGAAGCAAAUUGUCACCAGUACUCCAAAGAAUCUUCAGGAGGCUGAUUUUGGAGUGGAAGAGAGCCUCAAUGAACCUUUGAAUGCAAAUGAAGGCAGACCACUUCAAUUGAAACAACUGGAUGAGGUGCAAACUGAUUCAUUGCGCAAAGCAUAUCUAAGCUUGAUGCGGACAUAAAACGUUUGUAGGAUGAAUUAAGGGCCAAAGAAGCAGAGAGGAGAGAUAAACAGUAAAGGCUUGCCGAUGAGAGACUUGCGAAAGUUGAUCGAUUGGCUGACAGCUUACCGACGAGAGACUAAUCGACUGUCUGACUCUUCAGGAAGCUAACUUUCUAGAUCGUAGUGCAGGCUAAGGUUUAGCAAAUGACAACAAAGUCUAAUGCUGAUAUAGCAAAGAUUCAAAGAACCUGAGCUAAUUGUUCACCGUAAACUUAUACUUUUGCCAUUGAAUUGCGUAAUCAAUCAGUGAAGGAUUGCUCUUAUUUCUGUUGUGAAAUUAUGUAAG